CCAUCUAUCUUGUGGUACAGAUGCAGAUGCGCUACAACCGUUCCCCGUCUUCUGGAAUGGACCCCUCGCUGGGGGGCGGCUACGGAGCCGGGAACCACGCGGCCCCUGCCGCUGCUCUCUCUCGCUCCAAGGGAAUCACCACCAUGACAACCAUGACCAUCUCUAACCUCUCCGACACAGUCUCCAAGAAUGACAUCGCUGAGCUAUGUGGGGCGGUGGGCUCCCUGGAAACGGUUGCCAUGGUGGCGCCGGGUGUAGCGGAGGUGGUGUUCAAGUACAAGGACGAUGCUCUUGAGGCGUUCAAGAAGUACAAUCAGAGGAACCUGGACGGACAGCCGAUGAUCUGUAAACUUCAGGCCACUUCGCGAGGCCGCGCCAUGCACACUGGAGGAAGUGGAGGAGGCUAUGGAGGAAUGAGGGGAGGCUAUAUGGACAGCUAUGGUGGAGACUUUAGUUACAACUCCAACAAUUUCUACUGAUGUCGUCAGUCGGUGACCUGUGGAAGCCAUUUGGACAGCAUUUCUCUUGGAUUUCGUAUUAAAAUGAUCAUUACGUGGACCUUGUUAUUGCUCUUUGAUGUAAUUACAUGGAACCUCUCAUUAUAUGAAACACAUUGUGUCAGUGAUUCACAUGAAAUAAGAGUAGUGAAAGCGAGAAGGAUAAAAGUGAAAGUUUGACAGAAAGUAGCAUGGGGUGUUAUAUAGAGGUCAUGUGAUGCAUGAUUGUGGACAGGAUUCACAAAAGUAGAAUGAUGUUUUGAAUGAUUGAGAUCAUUAGUACGUAAAGGAAUAGAUAAUAUAGUUAGCAUGAAGACGGAUGGUGUGAGGUUAGGGUGAAGAAGUUUGAUGGACUAGGUUCCAGGGGAGUGGCUGGUGGCUGACGACAGCUGCUGCUGAACCUGCUCCUGGAGCAUCAUCUGCUGCUCGUGUUUCCUCUGGUGGUAGGCCUGCAUCUCCCUCUCAUACCUCUUCUUGUCCUCGUUGUACUUCAGGUAGUACUUCUGGAGAGGAAAACAGAACUCACAGAAACAGACAGGGGGGGAAAUGUCAGCUGCAACCCAGCCGUUUGGGUUUCAACAUAUAAACGUGUGCUUGGUAGAUGUGAUUUGUUGAGAGAAGCCAUUCCCAGUAGUAUUGGCCAGCAAGAAGGGG